AUGACAAGAAAGAAUGAUGGAGGUAGUAGCGACAACAACAACAACAAUAAUGAUAAUGUUUACAAGCAUAACGUCCUCAGCCAUGGGAGUAUUAGUAAAUAUCGAGUCAUAUGCCACUUUAACAAUGAUGACUGUGGCAGUGGAGCAGCUGCUAUUAACAAUCAUGAUACUCUCUAUGAGCCAAUUAUUUCAACUUCUGACUAUGUUACCUGUAUAUGUAACGGUACUAGCCACUGUUGUAAAAGCAAUAGUGUCAGCAGAAGCUCUGAAAACAAUGCCCUUAACCCAGAUGACACCCGCAUUGAUUCUAAUAUAAAUAAUGUUUAUGAGGCUCUCAAUAACCAAGGGAAAUGUUUUAACUUCAACAAUUGCGAUGGUAGUACUCUUGCUGGUAAUAAUCGCAACUCCGGAUAA